CAGUAGCACGGCAGUUUUAUCCUGAUCAUCUCCCGAUACUUGGAAAAGAUACUUUAGGCCACCUUGACGUUGAUUUCAGCCACAACAAUACAAAACAAAAGAUGCAGGUGAACAUUCGGUAUCAGAUCGAAAAGAAACAGAAACAAUCAUAUAAACCUGUGUUGUACCUUAUUUUUGCAAAUAAACAAAACAUAGUUUACAAAGACGACAGAUGUCAACUGAUGGAUGAAGUCUUUGAAUAUGCAAAAAAGACAAAAUUACCAUGCCAUGUCAUCGGGAAGAAGGUACUGUUUCUGCAUGGUUCUUCAAGUCUUGUAUGUAUUCACCCUACCACUAGUGAUAAUACAAUUAAGGAAUUGGUGAAGAAAGGAUUUCGAAUUUUCGAGAGAGGGGAUACAAACACCAAUGAAAGUGAAAUCAAAUAUUUCAUCAGAAUGGCAGAAUAUGUGUUAGAUGAGAAAGUUCUGCCAGUAAUUAUUUCCAUACGUAAUGGAGGAUUGAAUGAAGACGUAUUAGUUAGUGCUAGUAGUUUAUUACUCCCAAUUAUUCGAUUGAAGAAAAGCAGCCCAGACGUUACUGUUUUGACGCUUGAAAAUGGUUCUAUUGAAAAAGCAACUGAGCAUAUGACAAAUUUGAAGACUCCUUGGAAGGUCAGAAACUCAGAAACUCAAAUUACAAUUAAAAAUGCAGAAACAAAAGAAGAAAUUUCAGCUAUCAAUGAGGUGCAAAGCAAUUUGGAUUUCGAAGCUCUCAUAUGUCAUGUGGUUAUCGGAGUCGCAAUUUCUAACAAACAAAGAGUAUACGAGAAAGACAAAGAAAUGUAUGUAAACGUAUUAUCAAUAUACCUCUUGAAGAUUGAAAAAUGGAGCAUUCCAGAAGAAGCAUUUAAGGUGGCAUUUGAUCAUCGAUCUAUUGAAUACAUUUAUGAACAGGAUUUGACUACUGCAUUUGCCAGUGGAUUACAGAGUGACUUGGAAGCUUUGUCAUGGUUAUCUGAUGUGCCAACAGAUUGGAAGGGAAAAGAUAUCAAGCGAGCAGUCUCGAAUUUCGAUGUCAUUGGACUUAUAUAUUUAGCCUUACUGCGGAAAAAGUUUUAUUCGGGGGCAACUCAGCUUAUAGAUACAGGAUUUAUUCGCAUUCGUCAUAUUUUAGUCGGAUGCAAAAUUCUACAAGAUGCUAGUAAUGAUAAGAAGAAUGAACAACUGCAUAGGGAGACAUCACAAAGGUUAAAACUGUAAGGAAAAUAUCAACUCCAUGGUAGAAAAAAACGAAAACUGAGGAAAAUACAACAGUACUAAAACAACAACAAUGAAACUAAAACCUGAACAACGCAAAGCCAACCAAAACCCGGGGAGAGUGUUACGGAAGCUUAAAAUUCCAAUUACGUAAAAUGUCAUCCUUCAGACUCGAUGCAAUAAUUUUACAACCUCUUAUUAUAUUAUAUUCCGUGAAGAACUUAAACUAUCAGAAAUUUUUCUAAAUUGUAUGUUAGUGUACAUAGA